AUGUGCCAUGCCGCCACGCCACUUGCUGUGAUGGCCUUCCUGAACCAGCUGUACUCCCGGUUUGACGACAUGAUUGACAUAUACAAGGUGUACAAGGUGGAGACGAUUGGAGGUGAGGUUGGCCACCUGCAGCUACCUGCGCUACGUGCGGCUCAGCGGGCUGUGUGUGUGUAUGCGUGUGCUAUGCUGCGCGCCUCACGUGAUGUUCGGAUGCCGCAUACCGGCGAGCCUGUCCAGAUGCGGAUCGGCCUGCACAGUGGCCCGGUCACGAGCGGCGUGGUGGGCGACCGGAUGCCGCGCUUUUGCGUUUUUGGUGACACGGUGAACGUGGCCAGCCGCAUGGAGACCACCUGCCGCCCGGGCGCUAUUCACGUGAGUGCCGCGACGCAGGCCCGCCUUCCCAGCGAGGCCUGGCGUGAUCUGGGCAUGACAUCCGUCAAGGGCAAGGGCGAGAUGCGCACCUUUGAAUGGGCGGGUGAUGUGGACGCGCCGGUGGACGGCGGACAGCUGCAGCGGGUUAUUGGGCUAUACCUCUAG